UCGUAUGUGUUGCUGUUGGUAUCGCUCUUGGUCCAAUCGGUUUAAAGGUCGUUGUUCCCGAAAAAUGGAGUGGCAAUAUCGAUUUGAUGACUAAGGAAUUUGCUCGAUUCGUUAUUGCAAUUCAG